GCCCUUGAGGGGGAUUGGGGAACUCGGGUGGGGGCCCCCAAGGCGCCCAAAUCUGAGUUGCCCUCCCUCUUGAUCAUUCUGUCAGGGCCCCAGGGACUGGGAGAACCUUCUGGAGGACAGAUCUCUGGACUGACAUGCAAAGUGUUAGGUGUUAGAGUCCUAGUGAAAGGAAUACAGACUCAGAGGCAGGUGGGCUCCAGUCCAGCUUCACCGUUACUGCCUGUGACGCUGCUGGCCCAGCCAGCUCUUCCUGCCUUUGCGGGCAGAAGUGCCUUUUCCGAGAGUCUGCACAAUACUGAGCCUUCUGGGAGGUCAGUCAUGGGUGUGAGAGGCUUGCAGGGGUUUGUUGCCAGCAGCUGCCCACAUGUAUGUACAACAGUGAAUCUCAAAGAGCUGGCCGAGCAGCACCAAAGCCAGCAUCCCGGAUGCACGCCCACCAUCGUGGUGGACGCCAUGUGCUGUCUCAGGUACUGGUACACCCCGGAGUCAUGGGUUUGCGGUGGCCAGUGGAAGGAAUACUUUUCUGUCCUGCGAGAUUUCGUGAGAACUUUCACAGAUGUUGGCAUCAAGUUGGUAUUCUUCUUUGAUGGUAUGGUGGAGAAGGAGAAGAGAGAUGUGUGGGCGAAACGGAGACUCAAGAACAACAGGGAGAUUGCCAGGAUUUUCCAGUUUAUCAAGACGCACAGGGAACAGCCCAGCAGGAGCAUGUUCUUCAUCCCCUCGGGGCUGGCCAUCUUCACGCGGUUUGCUCUGAAGACGCUGGGUCAGGAAACCCUGUGCUCCUUGCAGGAGGCUGACUAUGAGGUGGCUUCUUACGGCCUCCAGAACAACUGUCUAGGGAUCCUCGGAGAAGACACCGACUACUUAAUUUAUGACUCCUGUCCCUACUUUUCCAUCAGUGAGCUCUGCCUGGACAGCCUCAGCACUGUCAUGCUCUGUAGGGAGAAGCUCUGUGCGAGUCUGGGCCUCUGCCUGGCAGACCUUCCCCUUCUGGCCUGCCUGCUGGGCAACGACGUCGUCCCGGAAGGCAUGUUUGAAACCUUUCGGUACAAGUGCUUGUCCUUCUAUACCUCUGUGAAAGAGAACUGUGACAGGAGAGGCAACGUCAUCUUCGCUGUAGCAGACCACAUAGCUAAAGUCCUUCGCUUAUAUCAAGGUGAGAAAAAGCUGGAAGAGAUGUUACCUUUGGGACCAAACAAAGCUCUUUUUUAUAAGGGGAUGGCAUCAUAUCUUUUACCAGGACAGAAAUCUCCAUGGAUUUCCCCAAAAGCCAAAGCUAUAACAACUUUGGACAAGCAGAUUAUAUCCGUGAGUUCAGACCCUGAAUCCAAGCAAGGAAGUCCUGAGAGUUCAGACCCUGAAUCCAAGCAAGGAAGUCCUGAGAGUACAGAUUCUGGAUCCAAGCAAGGAAGUCCUGUGUGUACAGACCCUGAAUCCAAGCAAGAAAGUCCCAUGUGUACAGACCCUGAGUCUAAGCAGGAAGAUCCCAUGUGUACAGACCCUGAAUCCAAGCAGGAAGUUCCCAUGUGUACAGACCCUGAAUUCAAGGAGGAAGACCCCAUGAAUAUGGAGCCUGAAAUCAAGCGACAAGUAACCAUGGUUUCAGACACCGAAAUCUUAAAGGUCGCUAGAGCCCAGCAUGUGCAGGCGGAGAGCUACCUGGUGUACAACAUCAUGGCCAGCGGGGAGAUCGAGUGCAGCAACACCUUGGAGGAUGCCCUGGACCAGGCCCUGCCCAGCCAGGCCUUCGUCUACCGCCCGGUGCGGCAGCGUGUCUACUCCCUCCUGCUGGCGGAUGGCCAUGAUGGUGCCAGCUGCCCUCCCGUGCAGGAGUGGUUUGUGUACUCUGGGAACCCGCUGACGCACCCGGACCUCGUGAGGCCUCUGCAGAUGAGCCUCCCAGGGGGAACGCCUAGUUUGAAACUGCUGUGGCUGAACCAUGAGCCCGGAACCCAAGCACGGCGUGUAGAGGUGCUCCUCGCCUGUUUUGACCUCUCCUCCUCGAGCGAAGAGCUGCAGGCUGUGGAGAGCCCCUUUCAAGGGCUGUGCUGCCUCCUCGCCUACCUGUUUGUGCAGGUGGACACACUGUGCCUGGAGGACCUGCACGCUUUCAUCGCUCAGGCCCUGUGCCUCCCAGGGAAGUCAGCUGGGCAACUCGCAGACGUACAGCUCGAUCGCGUGGACCCCAGAGCCGUGCAACUGGGCUCCCUCCUGGUCCGCGGCCUGACCAUGCUGCUGCUGGUCAACAGCGCGUGCGGCUUCCCCUGGAGCACGAGUGACCUCAUGCCUUGGAACGUCUUUGACGGGAAGCUGUUUCACGAGAAGUACCUGCAGACCGAGAAGGGGCACACGGUGGAGGCCCUCGUGGAGCAGAGCAGGGCGCGGCUCACCCAGUUCCACCAGCUGAAGUCCGUGGUGUGCAAGGCCUGCCUGCGGGAGGACCGGCGCAUCGCCAGCCGGCAGCUCUGGCAGCCACUCCACUCAGGGAGGCGGGGAAGACCGGGAUCUGGCGCCCAUAGGACGAGCUUCGGAAACAGCCGGUCAGACCAAGGACAGCACUGGAGAGAGCAGGGCCCAGGAAGCAGACAGCAGGAGCCGGACCCGUGGAGAAGGGGCUCCUCCUCUGGGUGGUCCAACUGACCUUCUGCCGGACCCCAGGCCCUCUCGGCUGGAGACGAUCCCUUCAGACUUGGACGUGCGACAGGAAGCAGACACAUCCUGCUUAGGGACCAUUGGGCACCGAGGUUCUCACAUCGCCAGCACUCGGCACCGGGGACAAAGCUGUUCCGGCUCCUUCCCCCGCCAGCGGUCAGAGGGGAACUCGGGAACUUGGGUGGACAGCCUGCUGGCGCGUGGCAUCCCCGCAGCCUCACCCCACACGGCCUGCCUUUGAUGAGGGUGGUUGUAUGUGUGAGAUGCCAUGGGGGUGGUUGCAGGGCAGGCGUUACAGCUGCUGGUCUGACCAGCCUGGAGAGAAACCUGCAGCCACAGGCCACGGAUAGGAGUGUCUCCCGCCAGCGGCCUCGGGCUCGCACUGAGGUUAGAGCUGCUGCUCCACAGUGGCUCAUCUCAGAGGCGGCCCAGGCCCUGGCUAAGGGCCCUGGUCCUGGUUGACUGGGGCACACGCAGCACGCUGCUGGAUUCCUUGUUCAGGUUUGUCAGAAAUGCUGUUAGUCGCCUUAGCUGGUUUGGCUCAGUGGACAGAGCAUCGGGCUGUGGACGGAAGAAUCCUGGGUUCAGUUCCGGUCAAGAGCACGUGCCGGGUUGUAGGCUCGAUCCCCACUGUGGGGCGUGCAGGAGGCAGCUGGUCCAUGAUUCUCUCUCCAUUGUUGAUGUUUCUCCCUCUCCCUCUGAAAUCAAUAAAAAUGUAUUUUUAAAUAAAAAGAAA